AUGUCCUCUACCGAUAUUACAGAUUUGGAUUCAUUACAUCAUAAGAUAUCUUCUUCAACAUCAGAUAUUAUUGAGAAAUUAAUUGAACACAUUCAUAACCGACAGCAGCAAGCAGAAUUUCGCACAAUUCUCCGGACUUAUGAGAAGAUAUUUGAUAUCUCGAAAAUUACUCAAGCAACGACUUCAGUGGCACAUACAAUAAGCACGGGAGAUAGUCUACCUAUCAGUUCAAGACCAUACCCCAAAACGAUCCAACAAAGACGUGAACUGCAGGAAGAACUUCAAAAAAUGUUGAAGAAUCAACAAAUACGCCCAUCAACAUCCCCAUGGUCAUCACCAGUAAUCAUUCAUAAGAAAAAAGAUGGUGGACUAAGAUUUCUCGUCGAUUAUCGGAAAUUGAAUGCCGUUACAAAAAAAGAUUCCUUUCCCCAACCAACUGCAGAGGAAUUAUUACAACGAUUGGGGGACCAUCAAUAUUAUACAAAAAUAGAUUUAAAGUCUGGAUAUUUCCAAAUUCGAAUAGAUGAAGAAGACAAAGAGAAGACGGCGUUUAUCACACAAGAUGGCCUGUGGGAAUUUAAUGGGUUACCACAAGGUGUUAUGAAUGGUCCACCAACAUUUCAACGGGUUAUGCAUAACUUGAUUGGGAAUGGAAGAUGGGAUUAUGUUCUAGUUUACCUCGACGAUAUCUUGAUCUUCUCGAAAACAUUUGACGAACAUAAAAAACAUGUUACUGAAAUAUUAUCGAUACUAGGCAAAGCUAAUUUCCAAGUAAAUGCGGACAGAUGCUCAAUUUCUGUCCACGAAAUCGAUUUCUUAAGUCAAACCAUUAAUGACCGUUGCGUACGAGCAUCUGGAGAAAAAAUUAAAGCUAUUGUCGAUUUACCAUCGCCCAAGACACUGAAAGAAGCCAAUGAAUUCAUUGACAAGAUAAACUGGUACAGAAAGUUCAUUCCGCACUUUGCAACUAUAGCAGCACCCAUCCAUCGAGUAACAAACAAAACAAAGAAACAUCGACAUGAAUUCUAUUGGUCUAAUGAACAACAACACGCCUUCGACGAAUUCACGAAAAUAUUAACAUCGGCUCCGUUAUUUCUCGAAUACCCUAAUUUAUCCUCACCUUUUGUUUUGACAACAGAUGCGUCAGAAAUUGGUAUUGGUGGCGUUUUGAGACAGAUACACCUUCUGGCAUGA